AGACAGUACACACAGCAGCGUAGAUUUGCUCACACACGCAAACACGUCUCUCUCUCUCUAUCGAACUGCGUAUAUAAAUCUAUCCUUAUAGAAAUUGCAUUUUCAACACUCCCACUUUUUACUCGCAUUUGAGUGCUAUCAGCAGAGCAACAAUGGAGGUAUUCUACUACAUGGUGUUCGGGGCGCUGGCGGCGGUGGUGGCGGCGUUGGAGCUGAGCAAAAGCAACAAAGAUCGGAUCAACACCUCCACGGCCUUCAAUUCGUUCAAGAACAAUUACUUGCUCGUCUACUCUCUGAUGAUGGCCGGUGACUGGCUGCAAGGUCCAUAUGUUUACUACCUUUACAGCACUUAUGGUUUUGGGAAAGGUGAAAUUGGACAGCUCUUUAUUGCCGGAUUUGGGUCAUCCAUGUUGUUUGGAACUAUCGUUGGAUCACUAGCAGAUAAACAGGGAAGGAAGAGAGCUUGUGUCACUUACUGUAUCACGUACAUUCUGAGCUGCAUUACCAAGCAUUCUCCUCAAUACAGAGUUCUGAUGAUAGGACGUGUUUUGGGUGGUAUUGCGACAUCCCUCUUGUUUUCUGCUUUUGAAUCAUGGCUUGUGGCAGAGCAUUUCAAGAGGGGUUUUGACCAGCAAUGGCUCUCAUUAACUUUCUCCAAGGCAAUCUUUCUUGGCAAUGGUCUUGUUGCUAUUAUAUCUGGACUCUUUGGAAAUAUGCUUGUUGAUUCCCUGAAUCUGGGGCCCGUAUCUCCCUUCGAUGCUGCUGCCAUACUUCUUGCUAUUGGGAUGGCAGUUAUAUUGUCAUCUUGGACCGAGAACUAUGGAGACCCUUCAGAUAACAAGGAUUUGCUUACUCAGUUCAAAGGUGCAGCCGUAGCAAUUGCUUCAGAUGAGAAGAUAGCAUUGCUUGGUGCAAUACAGUCUCUGUUCGAAGGCUCGAUGUAUACUUUUGUGUUCCUCUGGACACCUGCCCUAAGCCCAAACGAUGAGGAUAUUCCCCAUGGUUUUAUUUUUGCAACUUUCAUGCUGGCAUCAAUGUUGGGAAGCUCGAUUGCUGCUCGCCUGUUGGCCCGCAACACAAUAAAAGUGGAGAGCUACAUGCAGAUCGUGUUUGUUAUUUCUUCCGGCUCCCUUUUGCUCCCCAUACUGACAAAUUUCUUGGUGCCGGCUCCAAAGGUACAAGGGGGUGGCAUCUCAUUCUCGGGCUGUCUUCAGCUUCUUGGCUUUUGCACUUUCGAAGCGUGUGUUGGACUCUUUUGGCCGUCCAUUAUGAAAAUGAGAUCCCAAUACAUCCCUGAGGAGGCCCGAAGCACUAUAAUGAACUUCUUCCGAAUCCCACUAAAUAUCUUUGUUUGUGUCGUGCUGUAUAAUGUUAAUGCAUUCCCCAUUACGGUAAUGUUCGGCAUGUGCUCUAUUUUCCUUUUUGUGGCGUCCAUUCUGCAGAGGCGCCUCUCGGCAAUUGGAGAUAAGCCAAAGUCGGAAGAGUGGUCCAUGCUGAAGGAGAGAAAUACCGAAGCUGAGCCGUUGGAUGUUGCCUGAUCUUCUAGUUCCCGCCAAAAUCCGUGGCCAGCAUUUUGUCGGGUUGAUCAUAUGAUUUUAUAGAAGAAAAACAAAUGAAGAAAAAACGGAAAAGAAAAAAAAAGAAGAGGUGAGCGUACAAUUAUUUCGUUUACCAAAUUACAACAAAAAAAAUGUUUGGUUUGCUCACACUAGAAGAAGUAGUGAAAGCUCAUUAUCGGGAAAUGCAGUUAAUAUGUGCAAGAUUAAAGUAAUACCAGUUUACUGUUGGUUUUUUGUGUCAUGCUGUAAGGAACUAUGGAUCAUAAGUUUGAGGUCCCAGUUUUUUUUCUAAGAUAGAGAUAUAAAGCAUCCUAAGGGGGCGCCCUAGUUUUUCAUGUAAUGGCGAUUCUAACUUAUUUAUAUUCUUUUACCAUCAUACUUUACUGCAGAGUAUAAGUAAGUGUUAUGUUACACCGUUAAUAUGUGGGAUCAGUUGUGCAUUUUGCAACUAUAAUCCUAUCUGUUUCUUUUUCCAGCA